AUGGACCCCAACGCCAUCAAGGAGGAGCUGCGCCUGUUUCAGAGCACGCUGCUCCAGGACGGGCUGAAGGAGCUGCUGAAUGAGAACAAGUUUGUGGACUGCACCCUGAAGGUGGGCGACCGCAGCUUCCCCUGCCACCGGCUGAUCAUGGCCGCCUGUAGCCCCUACUUCAGGGAGAUCUUCUUCACAGAGGACGGCAAGGAAGUGGAGGACACCAAGGAGGUGGUCCUGGAAGACGUCAACCCCUCCAUCCUGGACAUGAUCGUCCAGUAUCUCUACUCGGCCGAGAUCGAUCUCACCGACGACAACGUUCAGGAUAUAAUCGCUGUGGCCAACAGGUUCCAGAUCCCUUCUGUGUUCACUGUGUGCGUGAACUACCUCCAGAAGAAGAUGUCCCUGAUCAACUGCAUGGCCAUUUUCAGGAUGGGCCUGGUGCUCAACUGUCCCAGGCUCGCCGUGGCCGCACGCAAUUACAUCGCUGACCGCUUCGAGGCCCUGUACAAAGAAGAGGAGUUCCUCAGGCUCGCGCCCCAUGAACUCUUCGCCAUCAUCGGUGGCGACUCGCUGAACGUGGAGAAGGAGGAGCUGGUGUUUGAGGCCGUCAUGGCCUGGGUCCGCCACGACAAAGACAAGCGCAUCAAUAUCCUGAAGGACGCUUUCGACUGCAUCCGCUUCCGUCUGCUGCCGGAGAAGUACUUCAAAGACCGAGUGGAGACGGAUGACAUCAUCAAGGCCGACCCGGAGCUGCAGAAGACGAUCCAGGUCGUCAGGGACGCCUUCACGGGGAAGCUCCCGGAGAAACCUCUGAAAAAGGAAGGGGAGGAGGGAGCCGACAAGGAGGCAGGCGAGGAGGAGGACAGCCCGUUCCCCGGGUUCCUGAAUGACAACCGCAGACACGGCAUGUUUACCCGUGACUUCAUCGUCAUGAUCAACGACACGGCGGCGGUGGCGUACGACGUCAGCGAGAACGAGUGCUUCCUGGCGGCCAUGUCGGAGCAGGUGCCUCGUAACCACGUGAGCCUGGCGUCACAGAAGAACCAGCUCUACAUCAUCGGCGGACUGUUUGUGGACGAGGAGAACAAGGACCUGCCUCUGCAGUGCUACUUCUACUUGUUGGACCCGCUCACCUCUGACUGGGUCGCUCUGCCGCCCAUGCCAUCCCCCCGGUGCCUCUUCAACAUCGGAGAGAGCGAGAACCUGCUGUUCGCCGUAGCCGGGAAAGACCUGCAGACCAACGAGUCUCUGGAUUCUGUCAUGUGCUACGAUGUGGAGAAGAUGAGGUGGAGUGAGAGCAAGAAGCUUCCUCUGAAGAUCCACGGCCACGCUGUCCUCUCCCACGGAGGACUGGUCUACAGCAUCGGAGGAAAGACGGACGACAACAAAGCUCUCAAUAAGAUGUUCGUGUACAACCACAAACAGUCGGAGUGGAGGGAGGAGGCGGCCAUGAAGACGCCCAGAGCCAUGUUCGGAGCCGUCGUCCAUGACGGCAAGAUCGUGGUCGCCGGGGGGGUCAACGAGGAAGGACUCACUGCGUCGUGUGAAGCUUACGACUUUACAACAAACAAGUGGGAGCCCUUCACAGAGUUUCCCCAGGACCGGAGCUCCGUCAACCUGGUGAGCACCGGUGGCGCUCUGUUCGCGGUGGGCGGCUUUGCCAUGAUCCAGAUGGAGAACAAGGAGCUGGCUCCCACAGAGGUCACUGACGUCUGGCAGUACGAGGACGAUAAGAAGGAGUGGAGCGGGAUGCUGAGGGAGAUGCGUUACGCUGCCGGCUCCUCCUGCGCCUCCAUGCGCCUCAACGCUGCCAGGAUGGCCAAGCUGUAA